UAGCUGUUAAAAUACAUAAACAUAACCAAGUUUCGGUCGUUUAUUUAGUUGAUGUUUGGUGUGAAAACGUUUUCAAAUUAAGCAUAUUUUUCUUAAUAAAUCAUUAUGACCACUAGUGAUAUGAAACAAACCAUACUAAGAGAGCUUGAAGAUAAAUACGGUGAUAGAUUAUUGGAUCUAGGUCAAUGUACAGACAUUUAUAAUAGCCUUUUAGAGCACAAGGCUUUAAUAGAGGCAAGAUUAAACCCUUCAAACUGCGAAAAUCUCAUAGGGACUGCUUUACAAGAAGCAAAGCAAAUUGUAGGUGAAAGUGUAGAAAUUACCUCUCAAUCCAAAAAAAGUAUUGAGGUGAUUGAAAAGGAGCUCAGAGAAAUUGAUCAAGUCAAUUCAGAUUUAAAGGCCAGAGUUGAUAAGUUAAACACUUAUCAAACCACUUUGCAAUACUUGAAAGUGGUACAGCAGAUUGAAUAUUUAUGUUUGGAGCUUCAGCAUGAGGUGUCGAAAAAGGAUGACGAAAAAUGUGUAACUUUGUUUGCAAACAUUACCGAAAUAUACAGGAUUUUGUCGGACUGUCCACUAUUACAUUUGAAGGAUUUUCUCAAGGAAACCAUGCUUUAUUGGCAUAACAUUUUAAGAGAUAAAUUAGGAAAGGUAUUUGAUGAAGCGUUAAAGCAAGUGAAAUGGCCUUUUUUGAGUGCCAAUUUUAGCCUCGUAUCUCCAUUCGAAGUCAAUGUAGAUAAACUCCAGCUCUUAGCAGAAUAUUUAUUACAAAUUGAAAUUCCUCCUGAAGCUAAUGUACCCCCCAGUAUUCCUUUAGGGGUGUUAAGUGAUUUUAUUCCACCUUGUUUGCCAAUUCAGCUAUUGAUCCUUCCACUUCGCAAAAGGUUUAUUUACCACUUUUAUGGAAAUAGAAAAACCAACAGAGUUGAUAGACCUGAAUGGUAUUUUACACAGAUAUUAACUUGGAUUAAAGACCACCAAGAUUAUAUGGGAACAUGGAUUCAACCUGUUAUAGAUAAAUUUGGGUUACAUCAUAUUGAUGCUAAGAAUGAGUUUAUGAGAGGUUUAGUGCAGCUGGCUGCAGAAAAGUUAAAUUCCGAAAUAUCUUCAAUUCAGUUUGAUGAUUUUGCAUUUUCACAUUCAAUCGAUGAAGCUUUAGGAUUCGAUAAAGAACUUAGGGAGCUUUACAAUUAUCCAGCUAGCGAGCCAAGUAUUAUAGGUAUUUUAACCCAAGCUCAAGUUCUUGUUAAAUGGUUGUCUAUGGAGAAAAAAUAUGCCACAGAAAAAAUGGAUGCUAUUUUAUCAUCCAGUUCCAUGGAUGCAUUUGACUUGCUAACAUCAGACGUAGAAGACUUGAAAAUAACAACAUGUGCUGAUGCUUUUAUUACUUUGUUGCAAACCAUUGCAGAGAGAUAUGAAUGUCUUCCCCAACCAGGGCACAGGCUUCAAUUUUUGGAGCUUCAGCUGGAAUUGUUAGAUGAUUUCAGAGUGAGGCUACUACAGAUAGUUAACGCGGAAGAAGGCGAUUAUAUGGAGUCAAAAAUUCCCUCGGUGGCAAAUACGCUUUACUAUGUCGAGAAUGUUUUAGUUGAUUGGGGAACGAUGUUACAUUAUUUAAACCUGUAUUACUAUAAGAAUCAAAUAAAUGACGCUGAGUAUGAUGCCAUUCUUGUCUCGCCUAAUUUAUCCGAUUUCGAUGACCACAUAAAUAUGGAUCUGGAAUCAGAUACGCUGUUUGCAGAAACGUUGUCAUUGUACAGACAUUUUCGAAGAGAUUUAUUAGCAGGACUUGCCGAGGCAGUUCUUAUGGAAGUUAGAAAAAGGAGCUGGAAUUAUAGAAGAGAGAGAUGGGCUUUCAUGAAAGUUGGGAAGGAGUUUAGAAGUUUAUCCCUAACGCCAUCAGCUUGCCCAAUGUUUGAGGUUUUAUCGAAGAGAUUACACCAAUUGCAGAAAAAGCUCCAAAGCAAAUUAUUUAUAGCAGUGUUUAGAAAUAUAGCAACCCAACUAGAUACACACCUAUUUGAAGAUUUGGUUCUGGAUAACAGAUUCAAUGAUGGAGGAGCACUUCAGUUCAAAUUUGAUAUAACAAGGAACUUACUACCUUUGUUUGCUCAUUAUACUGAUAUGCCGGCUACUUAUUUUCCCCAAUUAUCAGAGUCGUACGUUCUUCUCAACUUAGCCAAAGGUUCAGCUCUCUUGCUUAGAGAAACAUUGCUGGCAUUGGAUGGCACUACUGGAGUGGAAGAUACUCGAGGUAAAAUGUUGAAAGAAAUUGGUGUCAACAAUUUCAGCCCUAAAAUGGCAAUUAAGAUACUAAAUCAGCGAGUAGAUAUCACAAUAAAUCGAGUAAAUGUUGAUUAAAUCACCUUUCCAAUGUUUGGUCUUUGAAAGAUUUCUAAAGUAUACGGUUGCAUUCUUAAUUCAUGAAACGUAGUAGCAUUAGAACAUUGUUUAGAUAAUAAUUGUGAUGGUUAAAAUUCAAAAUGGGUAUGAUACUUCUAUGCUCUUUGACAGCAUAUUUUUAUACUACAUUUUAUGGGGUUUAUUAUUUUUUUACUGUAAGUUAUUAGGUCGAUAAUAUAUUAACCUGUUACUCUUGUUUAAUAUAUCCCCAUUAUUUAAAUAUA